AGAAGGCAGGCCUUCUUCCGCUUUCCCCCCGGAGCCGUCGGCCUUUGCCGGAGUCAAGCGGAGCUAGGGUUUGAAGGCCAUCGGGAGGGGAGGGGCGCGAGGGGGCGAAGAUGAUCGAGGUGGUUCUGAACGACCGGCUGGGGAAGAAGGUGCGGGUCAAGUGCAACGAGGACGACACCAUCGGCGACCUCAAGAAGCUGGUGGCGGCGCAGACGGGGACGCGCCCCGAGAAGAUCCGCAUCCAGAAGUGGUACAACAUCUACAAGGACCACAUCACCCUCAAGGACUACGAGAUCCACGACGGCAUGGGCCUCGAGCUCUACUACAACUAGCCGCCCCCACGUCUGGCUCCGCGUGCCCCUGCCGCUUAUCAGGUUGAUCUGAAUUCGGAAGUCAUGGGUGCGAUUCCAGUGUUGUAAGCUACUAAGCUCCCAGAUAUGAGCGACCUCAGUGAGUUGUGUCAGGCACAUGGUUGUGCCAAACUAUGAAUGACUAUUGACAACUUCGCUUGUAGUGUUGUGUGAUCAACCUGCAAACUUGGUGUGCUGCUAUUCGUCGUACUAUAUAAAUAACGUAACAUAGUGCUUAACUUUGGUUACAGUAAUCGGCAUCUUUUGUCGUGCAA